CACCAACACGUGCGGGACUCCGCCCGAGGAGUACUGUGUGCAGACCGGGGUGACCGGGGUCACCAAGUCCUGUCACCUGUGCGACGCCGGGCAGCCCCACCUGCAGCACGGGGCAGCCUUCCUGACUGACUACAACAACCAGGCCGACACCACCUGGUGGCAGAGCCAGACCAUGCUGGCCGGGGUGCAGUACCCCAACUCCAUCAACCUCACGCUGCACCUGGGAAAGGCUUUCGACAUCACAUACGUGCGCCUCAAGUUCCACACCAGCCGCCCGGAGAGCUUCGCCAUCUACAAGCGCACGCGGGAGGACGGCCCCUGGGUCCCGUACCAGUACUACAGCGGCUCCUGCGAGAGCACCUACGCCAAGCCCAGCCGCGGCUUCAUCCGGACGGGCGGGGACGAGCAGCAGGCCUUGUGCACGGACGAGUUCAGCGACAUCUCCCCUCUCACCGGGGGCAACGUGGCCUUCUCAACCCUGGAAGGCAGGCCCAGUGCCUACAACUUUGACAACAGCCCUGUGCUGCAGGAAUGGGUCACUGCCACUGACAUCAGAGUAACUCUCAAUCGCCUGAACACUUUUGGAGAUGAAGUGUUUAACGACCCCAAAGUUCUCAAAUCCUAUUAUUAUGCAAUCUCUGAUUUUGCUGUGGGUGGUAGGUGUAAGUGUAACGGACACGCAAGUGAGUGUGUGAAGAACGAGUUUGACAAGCUGGUGUGUAACUGCAAACAUAACACUUACGGGGUGGACUGUGAAAAGUGUCUCCCCUUCUUCAAUGACCGGCCCUGGAGGAGGGCGACUGCGGAGAGUGCCAGCGAAUGCCUGCCCUGUGACUGCAAUGGCCGAUCGCAAGAGUGCUACUUUGACCCUGAGCUGUACCGUUCCACUGGCCACGGCGGCCACUGUACCAACUGCCAGGAUAACACAGAUGGAGCCAACUGUGAGAGGUGCCGGGAGAACUUCUUCCGCCUUGGGAGCCGGGAAGCCUGCUCUCCCUGCCACUGUAGUCCUGUUGGAUCUCUCAGCACACAGUGUGAUAGCUAUGGCCGAUGUAGCUGUAAGCCAGGAGUGAUGGGUGACAAGUGUGACCGUUGCCAGCCUGGGUACCACUCUCUCACCGAGGCCGGGUGCAGGCCAUGUGCCUGCAAUCCUUCCGGCAGCACAGAUGAGUGUAACGUUGAGACGGGAAGAUGUGUUUGCAAAGACAAUGUCGAAGGCUUCAAUUGUGAGAGAUGCAAACCUGGAUUUUUUAAUCUGGAAUCAUCUAAUCCUAGGGGUUGCACACCCUGCUUCUGCUUCGGGCAUUCUUCUGUCUGCACAAAUGCCGUCGGCUACAGUGUUUACGCCAUAACUUCUACCUUUCAGAUUGACGAGGAUGGGUGGCGUGCCGAGCAAAGGGAUGGCUCUGAAGCAUCACUGGAGUGGUCCUCAGAGAGGCAGGACAUCGCUGUCAUCUCAGACAGCUACUUUCCUAGGUACUUCAUUGCUCCUGCGAAGUUCUUGGGCAAGCAGGUGUUGAGUUAUGGUCAGAAUCUCUCCUUCUCCUUUCGCGUGGACAGGCGAGACACUCGCCUCUCCGCAGAAGACCUCGUGCUUGAGGGAGCUGGCCUGAGAGUGUCUGUGCCCCUGAUCGCUCAGGGCAAUUCCUAUCCGAGCGAGACCGCCGUGAAAUACGUCUUCAGGCUCCACGAAGCAGCAGAUUACCCUUGGAGGCCUACUCUUACCCCUUUCGAGUUUCAGAAACUCCUGAACAAUUUGACCUCCAUCAAGAUCCGUGGGACGUACAAUGAGAGAAGUGCUGGGUAUUUGGAUGACGUCACCCUGGCCAGUGCUCGCCCUGGGCCCGGGGUCCCUGCAGCUUGGGUGGAGUCCUGCACCUGUCCCGUGGGCUACAGAGGGCAGUUUUGUGAGUCGUGCCUCUCGGGUUACAGAAGAGAAACUCCGAGCCUCGGGCCAUACAGUCCAUGUGUGCUUUGUACCUGCAAUGGACACAGUGAGACCUGUGACCCCGAGACAGGUGUCUGCAACUGCAGAGACAACACAGCCGGGCCUCACUGUGAGAGGUGCGGUGACGGCUACUACGGGGACUCCACCUUGGGCACCUCCUCGGACUGCCAGCCCUGCCCGUGUCCCGGGGGCUCCAGCUGUGCCGUCGUCCCGAAGACGCAGGAGGUGGUGUGCACCAGCUGCCCCACGGGCACCACCGGUAAGAGAUGUGAGCUCUGCGAUGACGGCUACUUCGGAGACCCUCUGGGUAGGGACGGCCCCGUGAGGCUCUGCCGCCUGUGCCAGUGCAACGACAACAUCGACCCCAACGCGGUCGGCAAUUGCAACCGCCUGACGGGCGAGUGCCUCAAGUGCAUCCACAACACCGCCGGCUUCUACUGUGACCGGUGCAAAGACGGGUUCUUUGGAAACCCCCUGGCUCCCAGUCCAGCAGACAAAUGCAAAGCCUGCGACUGCAACCCCUACGGGACUGCGAAGCAGCAGAGCAGCUGUAACCCUGUGACCGGGCAGUGUGAGUGUCUGCCGCACGUGACCGGCCGGGACUGCGGGGCUUGUGACCCUGGAUUCUACAACCUGCAGAGCGGGCGGGGCUGCGAGAGGUGUGACUGCCAUGCGCUGGGUUCCACCAACGGGCAGUGUGACAUCCGCACUGGCCAGUGUGAGUGCCAGCCUGGCAUCACCGGUCAGCACUGUGAGCUCUGCGAGGGCAACCACUUCGGGUUUGGACCGGAAGGCUGCAAACCCUGUGACUGCCAUCCUGAGGGGUCUGUCUCCCUCCAGUGCAAAGACGAUGGUCGGUGUGAAUGCAGAGAAGGCUUUGUGGGGAGUCGCUGUGACCAGUGUGAAGAGAACUAUUUCUACAACCGGUCUUGGCCCGGCUGCCAGGAAUGCCCCGCUUGUUACCGGCUGGUGAAGGAUAAGGUCGCUGAUCACCGAGCAAAACUCCAGGAGCUAGAGAAUCUCAUUGCAAACCUGGGAACUGGGGAUGAGAUGGUGACAGAUCAAGCCUUCGAGGACAGACUAAAGGAAGCAGAGAGAGAGGUUACGGACCUUCUUCGUGAGGCCCAGGAUGUCAAAGAUGUAGACCAAAAUUUGAUGGAUCGCCUUCAGAGAGUGAAUAACACCUUAUCCAGCCAAAUUAGCCGUUUACAGAAUAUCCGGAAUACCAUUGAAGAGACUGGAAACUUGGCGGAACAAGCACGUUCCCGGGUAGAAAGCACAGAGCAGUUGAUUGAAAUCGCGUCCAGAGAACUUGAGAAAGCAAAGAUUGCCAUUGCCAACGUGUCGAUCACUCAGCCAGAGUCCACCGGGGACCCAAACAACAUGACCCUCCUGGCAGAGGAAGCGCGGAAGCUUGCUGAACGCCAUAAACAAGAAGCUGAUGACAUUGUACGGGUGGCAAUGACAGCUAAUGAUACAUCCACUGAGGCAUAUAAUCUGCUUUUGAGGACGCUGGCAGGAGAAAAUCAAACAGCAUUUGAGAUUGAAGAGCUUAAUAGAAAGUAUGAACAAGCAAAGAACAUCUCUCAGGAUCUGGAGAAGCAAGCUGCCCGAGUACACGAGGAGGCCAAGAAGGCUGGGGAUAAAGCCGUGGAGAUCUACGCCAGCGUCGCGCAGCUGAGUGCCGUGGACUCGGAAGCACUGGAGAAUGAGGCAAAUAAAAUAAAGAAGGAAGCUGAGGAUCUGGAUCGUCUGAUUGACCAGAAGUUAAAAGAUUAUGAGGACCUCAGAGAGGACAUGAGAGGGAAGGAAUUUGAAGUAAAGAACCUUCUGGAGAAAGGAAAGACUGAACAGCAGACGGCCGACCAACUCCUGGCCCGAGCGGAUGCGGCCAAGGCUCUUGCAGAGGAAGCUGCUAAAAAGGGACGAAAUACCUUACAAGAAGCCAAUGACAUUCUCAACAACCUGAAAGAUUUCGACAGGCGAGUAAACGAUAACAAGACUGCUGCAGAGGAGGCACUGAGGAGGAUCCCCGCCAUCAACCAGACCAUCGUCGAAGCCAACGAGAAGACGAGGGAAGCCCAGCAGGCGCUGGGCAACGCCGCCGCAGACGCCACCGAGGCCAGGAACAAGGCCCAUGAGGCGGAGAGGAUCGCCAGCCUCGUCCAGAAGAACGCCACCAGCACCAAGGCAGAAGCUGAAAGGACUUUUGCAGAAGUUACAGAUCUGGAUAACGAGGUGAAUAAUAUGCUGAAACAACUGCAGGAAGCAGAAAAGGAGCUGAAGAGAAAACAAGAUGAUGCUGACCAGGAUAUGAUGAUGGCGGGGAUGGCUUCACAGGCCGCUCAGGAAGCCGAGGUCAACGCCAGAAAGGCCAAGAGCUCUGUCACCAGCCUCCUCAGCCUUGUCACUGACCUCCUGGAGCAGCUGGGGCAGCUGGACACAGUGGACCUAAACAAGCUAAAUGAGAUCGAAGGCACCCUGAACAAAGCCAAAGAUGAAAUGAAAGUCAGUGAUCUAGACAGGAAGGUGUCCAACCUGGAGGACGAGGCCAGGAAGCAGGAGGCGGCCAUCAUGGACUACAACAGAGACAUCGAGGAGAUCCUGAAGGACAUCCGCAACCUGGAGGACAUCAGGAAGACGCUGCCCUCCGGCUGCUUCAACACCCCGUCCAUCGAGAAGCCCUAGCCGCUUCCGCUCGGGCUGGAGGGCAGCCACCCCGGCCGGGCAGCCGUCGCGAGGCCACAGAGUGCCUUAACACAAAGAUUACAUUUUUUCCAGACCCCCACUUCUCUGCUGCUCUCCACCACUGUCCUUUUGAACCAGGAAAAGUCACAAAGUUUAAAGAGAAGCACAUUAAACAGCAUGAAUCGGGAACAAAGGGUUUUAUCUAAUAAGGUCUCUUCCCCUCACGGCGCCCCCUCUUCCCCACACUUCCCCUCUGCGUCGCACGAGGACGUCUGGGCGGCCUCCUGCAUCGUUGCCCAGCGGCUUCAGCACCCCGUGGGAGCCGCUCUCCGCCGGGGCUGAGCAGGUAGCCCUCCCUCUCCCACUGAUACCAGCAGAACUCAGCCUCAGCACUGUCGUUUCUAUGAAGGAAGAGCUUGGCUACUAACAGUCGCGUUGUGAUGGCCAGUAUAUCCAGUCCGCAGGGAAAGGAAAUGCGUCUCCAUCUCCCACCCCUCCUCCUUUUAAGCAAAAGGAAAUACACGUCCUGUGCCAAAGGUAUUAUUGGUCAUUUAGAAUGUCAAGAGCCAUCAUCAGUUGUUCGAGCUAUUUUGAGUAUAGGACACUGAGCCAUCCACGGGUAAGGAUGCAAUGAUUUAUGACAGCCUCCAGGAUGACACGAGACUGCAGAAGUAGGCUGAACAUCUUCUCAGAUGUUGCUAAUUGACUAGGAAGAUAAGCUUUCUUCAGAUCUUUGGGCAGCUGAUAAUUUAAAUCUGGAUGGGCGGUCUGCGCUCGCCAAUAGACAUCUUCUGUGCCUGUAAAUGGAAUCUAUACAGAAGACAUAGGGAUGUGAUAACCACUAAAGUUCUUUUUUUUCAAAGUCAAACGAAUUCUUAGAGCUUUUUUAGUAUAUUAGUCUCAGAACUAGUGUCGUUACCUGGCAGAGAACAGUUGGUCCCCGAGAUCUUGACAAAACAGAAGAAAAGCCUCCUCGUCCUAGUCUUUUCUAGCAAAGGGGUAGACCUUAGAUGCACCUUGUCUUGUCGGGGUCCCACAUCCUCAUUGUUCUUUCCGUCGGGGAGAGAUGAAACAUUUGACCCUUCCCCUCAGUUUUCUCCGGGUGUUCCCAUCUCGUAGAAUCCCUCAGAACACGUUGCCGAGUCCUGGUGGCAAAUACUUGCACUCAGUGUUUCACACAGCGGCCAACACCGUCUAGUUCCUGCACUUUGUGGUUUAAGCCCGCUCUGAGCCUCCCCUCCGAGUGCAGAGGGAAGACCCACACGUGGCGUGUCCUAGUCGGCUUCUCCACCUUUGAUCCUCAGCUCUGGGGUUUCCUUCUACGGUCACAGCGUGACGGUUCCCUGCCACGAGGCCCUCCCUCCGAGCAGCCCGCCUUUGAGUUUCACAUAUAGCCUUUAACACUAUGCAACUUUGUACUUUGCGUAGCGGGGGGGAAAGAAACUAUUAUCUGACACACUGGUGCUAUUAAUUAUUUCAAAUUUAUAUUUUUGUGUGAAUUUUGUUGUUGUUUAUCAUGAUUAUAGAGUAAGGAAUUUAUGUAAAUAUACUUGGUCCUGUUUCUAGAAUGGCACUGUCUGUCCCCUUCUUCACUGGCACAACGUGUCUGUACCUCCUUCCCUUCCGUCUGCGGUUCUUCGGGUUGGGUUGUUCCCCGCGGCUCUGCUCUCCGCCUUGUGUUUGCCGCAUGUCCGCAUCAGCCUCCUUUCCGCCACACACAGCCACUCUGAAGAGGUACCUCGACCCGUCUGCCGUUGCAGCCCUGGUCUCCCUCAGCCACACACACUGCUGUUCUCCGUGCCUGGUCUGGAGCCGGGAUGACAGGGCGUGAAGGAGUUAGCAAAUUUCGCUGAAGGGCAUCUUCACCAUUGGGGCGAGUCUAGCCAGGAAGGAGCUAGCAGUGUCCUUUCUGGCAGUUGCUGGAGCCAGAUGGGUCAUUUUUUAAGGGGGUGUGUACUGACUGAGCGCUUGCAGGGCAUCAGGGGUCCCGCUGCAGUGGGAGCGGGAGGGGGGUCCCUCCCAGCUCGUCCCCUUCCCGUCUCCUUCAUGCCUGCCGGAGCUGACGCCCGUGUUGUGACUUGGCAUCCUCCUGAGCUUGCCCUCCACGCCUCCUCUCCGGCCUCCUCCACCGUCGCAGGAGGCAGGGCUCUUUCUUGCCAAGUGUUCACAUCAGUGUUUCCUAGCUCGUUCCUCCUGUUACGUGGCCACAUCCUAACAGAGACGUGUUGGUGGAGGUUGCGGGAAGAGGACGGAAGGUAGACGGCUCCGGCGGUUCUCCGCCUGGCCUGGGGGGCAGGUUUACUCCCAUCAGUCUUAGGCCACAGGGGAACCUGGGCGGUCGGUUGUCCUUGUUGCUUCUUUCCUCCUUUUCCAUCUGUGUGGUGUAUUUUUAAACAGAAUUUUAUUUUUAAAAUAAAAGUUCUUUAUAAGACGAUACCUUAAUUACACUCCUGCAAUAUAGCCAUUAUUUUAUUGUAGAGUUCCAGUUACCUGUAUCUUAUGUGAUGAAAGUGACAGGGUGGCCGCUGCAGAACGCUGGGCGUCACAGGGAGCACACGCAGCUGCUCCCGGAGUUCUCCCUUUUAAUUCCGACUGUGGCCCUUUUCCAUGUGCCUUCACUUCAGCUGUUUGCCUUAAUCUCUGCGGUCUUGCUCUCCAGGGUGGUGAAUAAAAUGCAACACUUGGCAUUUUUUAUGUUAAAAAAGAACAGUGUUUUAUUUAUAAUAAAAUCUGAAUAUUUGUAACCCUUUA